AUGGCUCCCGGCAUCUUAGAGUCCCCAGCGACGGCAAUAGUUCCCGAGAAGGUUGGCUCGCUGGUUCAGCUAACCGAGGACUGGGAUGACACCAUACGGUUCUAUCUCAACGGCACUAAAGUCACUCUUGAUUCCGUCAACCCAGAGCUUACGCUGCUGGAAUAUCUGAGGGGUAUAGGCUUGACAGGGACCAAGCUAGGAUGUGCAGAGGGAGGCUGUGGCGCUUGCACGGUGGUGGUAUCCCACAUGAACCCGACAACCAAGAAGCUCUAUCACGCAUCCGUCAACGCCUGCAUUGCCCCGCUAAUUAGUGUUGAUGGCAAACACGUCGUCACAAUCGAAGGGAUUGGCAACGUGAAAAACCCCCAUGCAAUUCAGCAACGGUUGGCGGUGGGCAACGGAAGCCAGUGUGGGUUUUGCACUCCAGGAAUUGCAAUGAGUCUUUACGCUCUAUUACGGAGUACCCCCGAGCCCUCGGAACACGCAGUCGAAGAAGCUUUUGAUGGGAAUUUGUGUCGGUGUACGGGGUAUAGACCGAUUUUGGAUGCUGCUCAGAGUUUCAAGGCAAAGUCUAAUGGGUGUGGAAAAUCAACUGCUAAUGGAGGAGGUGGUUGUUGUAUGGAAAAGCAGAACGGCGCAGGAGGAUGCUGCAAGGGUUCGUCGAAAGACACGGCCAUUGACCGAAAUGCCCCCAAAUUCACGCCCCCCGAGUUCAUUAAAUACAACCCCGAAACCGAAUUGAUCUUCCCACCUACCCUUCGAAAACAUGAAUACCGACCGCUGGCGUUUGGUAACAAGAGAAAGAGAUGGUAUCGACCAGUCACUCUGCAGCAGCUCUUGGAGAUCAAACAUGUUCACCCAGACGCAAAGAUCAUUGGCGGUAGCACUGAGACGCAAAUCGAGAUCAAAUUCAAGGCAAUGCAAUAUCGUGCGUCUGUCUACGUCGGUGAUAUCCAAGAAUUGCGCCAGUACUCGCUGCACGACGACCACUUGGAAAUCGGUGCCAAUGUCUCUCUUACCGACUUGGAAACGGUUUGCGAUGAAGCCCUGGAGCGAUUUGGAGCUGUGCGAGGCCAGAAUUUCACGGCGAUCAAGAAACAGCUCCGUUACUUCGCAGGAAGACAGAUCAGGAAUGUAGCGUCGCCAGCCGGAAAUCUGGCUACUGCCUCUCCGAUCUCUGAUCUGAACCCGGUUUUCGUUGCUACGAACACCGUCUUGGUUGCCAAGACACUUGGUGAUGAGAUCGAAAUCCCUAUGAGCCAGUUUUUCAAAGGGUAUAGAACCACUGCGCUCCCCCCAAACGCCAUUAUUGCAAGCUUGCGCAUCCCGACAGCGGCAGAGAGUGGUGAACACAUGCGGGCGUACAAACAGUCAAAGCGGAAGGAUGAUGAUAUCGCCAUAGUUAACGCAGCCUUACGCGUGUCGCUUUCCUCAACCAACGAUGUGAAAAGCGUGAACCUCGUUUUCGGUGGCCUUGCUCCGAUGACGGUGUCCGCGCGAAAUGCAGAGGCUUUCCUAGUUGGAAAAAAGUUUACAAAUCCUGCAACACUUGAAGGCACAAUGGCAGCUUUAGAACAAGAUUUCGAUCUAAAAUUCGGCGUCCCCGGGGGCAUGGCGACGUAUCGCAAGUCCCUUGCUCUUGGAUUCUUCUACCGAUUCUACCACGAUGUUUUGGCCAGUAUGGAGGUCAAGGAUACGGAUGUUGACCAUGAUGUCAUUGCUGAAAUUGAAAGAGCGAUUUCUUCGGGAGAGAAAGACAACGAAGCGUCAGCAGCAUAUCAGCAGCGAAUUUUGGGCACGGCUGGCCCGCAUGUCUCAGCACUAAAGCAGACCACCGGAGAAGCUCAGUAUACGGAUGAUAUUCCCGUGCAACAGAACGAGAGGUUUGGCUGUAUGGUUCUUUCGACCAAGGCACACGCCAAAAUACUUAGCGUUGACCCCACGGCGGCCCUUGACAUACCCGGUGUCUAUGAUUACGUUGAUCACAGAGAUCUUCCAAACCCGCAGGCCAACUGGUGGGGUGCUCCAAAGGCUGAUGAAGUGUUCUUCGCUGUCGACAAGGUUACAACAGCAGGCCAGCCUAUCGGUAUGAUCCUUGCAAACUCAGCGAAAAUUGCCGAGGAGGGGUCGAGGGCUGUCAAGGUCGAAUACGAAGAGUUGCCAGCGAUACUCACCAUGGAAGAGGCCAUUGAGGCCCAGUCGUUCUUUGAACACUUUCGCUUCAUCAAGAGAGGUGACAUGGAAGGAGGUUUUAAGAAGGCUGACCACAUUUUCACCGGCGUAUCUCGCAUAGGUGGCCAGGAGCAUUUCUACCUGGAAACCCAGGCCUGCGUUGCCAUUCCAAAGCCCGAGGACGGAGAAAUGGAGAUCUGGAGUGGGACACAGAAUCCCACUGAGACCCAGACAUAUGUUGCGCGAGUGACCGGUGUGGCACAGAAUAAGAUAGUGUCACGUGUAAAGCGUCUUGGUGGAGGGUUCGGUGGCAAAGAAUCACGAUCUGUUCAGUUGGCAGGCAUCUGCGCGACUGCAGCAGCGAAAACGCGAUUUCCGGUCCGAUGUAUGCUCAACCGGGAUGAGGACAUUGCCACCUCGGGGCAACGUCAUCCGUUCCUUUGUCACUGGAAAGUCGGGGUGACCAAGGAGGGCAAGAUUCUUGCCCUAGAUGCGGAUGUAUACGCCAAUGGCGGUCACACGCAGGAUCUCUCGGGUGCAGUCGUCGAACGGAGCUUGUCACACAUUGAUGGAGUGUAUAACAUUCCCAAUGUUCAUGUUCGCGGCCGCAUCUGCAAAACAAAUACGGUCUCCAAUACCGCUUUCCGCGGAUUCGGCGGUCCCCAAGGGCUGUUCUUCGCCGAGUGCUACGUCACCGAAAUCGCUGACCAUCUCAAUAUUCCCGUUGAGAAAGUUCGCAUGGACAAUAUGUAUCAACCUGGUGACACGACUCACUUUCACCAGGAAUUGAAGGACUGGCACGUUCCGCUGAUGUAUAAACAAGUUCUGGAAGAGAGCUCGUAUGCGGAACGGCGCAAGGCCGUAGAAGAGUACAACAAGAAACACAAAUGGUCCAAGCGUGGAAUGGCGAUUGUUCCUACCAAAUUUGGGAUUUCCUUCACGGCCUUGUUCCUAAACCAAGCUGGAGCUCUGGUCCACAUUUAUCACGACGGAAGCGUUCUUGUUGCCCAUGGAGGUGUCGAAAUGGGCCAAGGGUUGCACACCAAGAUGACGAUGAUCGCGGCCGAAGCUUUGGGUGUCCCUCAGUCCGACGUGUUUAUUUCUGAGACAGCUACUAAUACCGUCGCCAAUACAUCUGCCACUGCAGCUUCGGCCAGCUCCGACCUCAACGGUUAUGCCAUUUUCAACGCUUGCGAGCAAAUCAAUGAACGCCUCAAACCGUAUCGAGAGAAGAUGCCCGAUGCCUCUCUGAAGGAGCUGGCACAUGCGGCCUACUUCGACCGUGUGAAUCUUUCGGCACAGGGAUACUACCGCACCCCUGAUAUCGGCUACGUCUGGGGCGAGAACAAGGGUCAAAUGUUCUUCUACUUCACUCAGGGAGUGACAGCCGCCGAAGUUGAAAUCGACACCUUAACCGGCGACUGGACCCCUCUGAGAGCUGACAUCAAGAUGGACGUCGGACGCACCAUCAACCCCUCCAUCGACUAUGGACAGAUCGAAGGAGCCUACGUGCAAGGCCAAGGACUCUUCACCACCGAAGAAAGUCUCUGGCACCGUGCCUCGGGCCAGAUAUUCACCAAGGGCCCCGGCAACUACAAGAUCCCAGGCUUCCGCGACAUCCCCCAGAUCUUCAACGUCAGUCUCCUGAAAGACGUUGAGUGGGAGAAUCUGCGGACCAUCCAGCGCUCUCGAGGCGUCGGAGAACCUCCCCUGUUCAUGGGCAGUGCUGCUUUCUUCGCCAUUCGCGACGCCCUGAAAGCCGCAAGGAAACAGUGGAACGUUCACGACGUUCUCAGCCUCCAGAGCCCGGCAACGCCCGAGCGGAUCCGUGUCAGCUGCGCGGAUCCCAUCAUCGAACGGGCACGUGUGAAGCCCCAGGAAGGAGAGAAGAGCUUCUUUGUGGAGAUUUAA